CUAACUAAGGCUCAUAACAACAAUAUAUUUUGUAGCAAUUAUAAUCUUAACGUGAAUUAAAAGAGAUUAAAUAAACCCCCUUAAGAAGAAUGGAACAUGCAGCUAGUCGAAUCUCACUUCCUGGUGCCGGAUUGGGAGAAUUUUGAUUCCAUGAAACACUUUGCACAACUUGGUUGACCACCUUAUAAUCCAAAUAAAGCCAAGCCAUGAGCGCAGAGGAGCCGAAUCCGGCCGCCACACCCACUGCUUGUGAGGACACUCAGGGAGACGGACGGUGGAUGUCUUUGCACAACCGGUUCGUCUCCGACAGCAAAGAUAAAGAGCCUGAAGUCCUGUUUGUCGGAGACUCUCUGAUUCAGCUCAUGCACCAGUUUUCAAUCUGGCGCGAGUUGUUCUCUCCCCUUCACACCCUGAAUUUUGGGGUGGGAGGUGAUGCAACACAACAUGUGCUGUGGAGGCUGAGCAAUGGUGAACUAGAUAAUAUCAGCCCGAAGGUUGUUGUGCUGUGGGUCGGGACGAACAAUCAUGGGCACAGCGCGGAGCAGAUCUGUGCCGGCAUCAUGGAGAUUGUUCGAGUCAUCAAGAAUAAGCUGCCUCACGCACACACAGUUGUCCUCGGAAUACUGCCCAGAGGUAAAGCACCGAACCCCCUCAGAGAGAGAAACGCUCAAGUGAACCAACUGGUCCAGGAGGACGUCUCCUCUCUCCCGCAUGCCUCUUUCUUCAACGUUGACCCGGGUUUUGUCCACUCCGACGGCAGCAUCUCCCACCAAGACAUGUAUGACUACCUUCACCUGACCCCGCACGCCUACCAAGCGGUGUGCAAGCCUUUGCACGCUUACCUCAAGACCUUGUUAGAGAAGCCUGGUGAGAAUUAAAUCACAAUCCACGUCUGCCUUGAAUUAUUGAUCAAAGUCUAAUUUAAGGGCUAAAUCCUUUCGUGAUGUUUACCUCCGCUCCUUGCUACGUGGGUUUGCCAUCUCUAUUAUGGUCUGGUUUUGUGUGAAAUAGCUGAUCAAUGUGUCGUCUUGUAGAAUGAACAGGACCUGGUUUAAACGUAAGCAUUCCAAGAUCGCACAGUCGAUAGAAGGAUUUUGGUUGAGUGGACCUUCGGCCAACAUCUAAAGCUUUAGUUAUCAUUACGCUUGCAGUUGUCUGUUACAGAGCCAAGGCUGACUUGACAGCUCAAAUGAGCGAGUAUGCUUCACAACUGCUGUUGUUUUCCCAUGUCACCCUGUUGUGUUUACCGACAUAUCUACUGUCUUGUGAAGUCUUUUUCAAUGACCAAAUUUUGAUGUGAGUGCACAAUUUACGAUCUAAUGUUUCCACUUCUUUCAUUAUGUCAGAGGAAAAAAAAUCUCAUGACCCCGUAUUAAAUAAAUGUGUCUUUAAUGCUGCUUCUUUUUGGCUCAUAAAGCAGGCUUACUUUGAAGGCUUUAUUUUAUUUUAUUUUUUUGCUCUGAUGAUUAAAACAUAUUGCUUGUUUGAGCUAAUACGAUCUGUCUGGUGUCUGAUGAUGAUGGAAAUAAAUGUUGAUGAAACAGA